AACCAACCUGAAAAUGUGCCUCAAAAUUACCUAACUCUGAAUGUACUCAAAAACCAAAAUAUGGCAGAAAGUAGGACUUCGAAAGGAUCCCGAUACACAGUACGAGACUAAAUCCCUCUUUUCAGUACUAAUAACAACAAAAGCUCGCGGUUAUAUUUAUCAGCCUGAAUGAGAAGCCAGCUGGGCGACAACAUGUCAUUCGAGAUAGGAGUGCAUGUCGAUGACAUAUGAAAAUGAUUUCUGCUGUGCACAAUCAGGAAAUAUGCUGGAAAGGAUCAGGCAAAGUUGCUUUCAUAAUCCUGUUGUAUGAUGUAGCGUUCACUGAAUAUUUAACGCUUAUGAAAUAGAUAUGACGCAUUAUAUCUAAGAAACAGUAAUUUAAGCGUAGAAAAUGCAAUAAUGCUGCACAUCAUCGAUGGAGCUGGAAAGGAUAACGGAAUGCUACUGCAACAUCUAAUAUUGAUAGUGUAGAAUCCUUGGCUGAAUGAUUUGUUUGUCAUGAAAUUGAGAAAUGCUUGUCUUGUUUCUUUUUAGUAGAUAAAACAAACUGUAGUCUUUAUCUCUGAGUGACAAAGCAUUCAAGGGGACGCGCUUCGGUCAGCUGUUGUUAGGCAGACCGGUUCUUUUCGACAUUACUAAUUUCAUUAAACGUGGCAUUCUUGUUAACUGUCAGAAAUGAGCAAAUCGACAUUGCCUAGUCAUAUAUUACACAGUGGAUUUUUUCACCCGGUGUUACGAAGCUGGCAAGCACCAAAUGUGGAACUGACGCCGAAUAAUUUAAUGUUUCCACUGUUUAUUGGAGAAGAGCAAGGUGUUGUGCCAUUGCCCAGCAUGCCUGGAGUAUUUAGGUAUGGCUGUUCAAAUUUAAAAGAUGCCCUUCAACCUCUUGUGGAUAAAGGGUUGAAGUCAGUUUUAUUAUUUGGAGUUUUAUCGCACCUACCUAAGGAUGAAAAAGCAAGUCAUGCAGACUCGGUAAAGAAUCCAGUGAUGAUGGCUUUACCAAGACUGAGGAACUGGUUUCCAAACUUGGUCAUAGCUUGUGAUGUCUGUCUUUGUUCCUAUACUAGUCAUGGACAUUGUGGGCUCAUGAAGGAUGGUGUCCUUGAUAAUGAAGCAAGUAUUGCAAGAAUUGCAGAAGUUGCAGUAUCAUACGCGAAGGCUGGUGCACAUAUAAUUGCACCAUCUGACAUGAUGGAUGGCCGUGUUGGUGCUAUUAAGGAGUAUCUUAUCAAAGCUGGAUUUGGUAAUCGGGUUGCUGUUCUAUCGUAUUCUGCCAAAUUUGCAUCAGGGUUUUAUGGACCAUUCCGUUCUGUUACAAAAUCAGCUCCUGUGUUCAGUGACAGAAAAUGCUACCAGUUGCCACCUGGCAGUCAAGGAUUGGCAGCAAGGGCCUGUUCACGUGAUGUAGAAGAAGGAUGUGACAUGUUAAUGGUCAAACCAGGGCUACCAUAUUUGGACAUCGUCAAGAAGACAAAAGAGAACCAUCCGGAAUACCCAUUGUUUGUUUUCCAGGUAUCAGGAGAAUAUGCAAUGCUGUAUCAUGCUGCAAAGGCUGGUGCAUUGGAUUUGAAACAAGCAUUAGAAGAGGUAUUACUUGCAAUGAGAAGAGCAGGUGCUGAUUGUAUUAUCACAUACUUCACACCAUUAAUAUUGGACUGGCUGGCUCCCAAGUCCAAAUACUAAAAAAGUAUAUGAAAAUAGUCGGAUUAGACAAGAAUGUUUUUUGGUAUGGUACUUGGUAUUUUUGUCAUUAUGAUAAUCAGUUUUUAUAUUGUGUUGGAUUAUUAAAGAAUUUUAAAAGUUGUUA